AUGGUUGUGCGUUUGGAAAUAUUCCACUGGAUCCACCGGUUUGAUGCAGCCAUCCACACAGAGUCUCACUCCAAAUAUGCUGUGUUCAAGUCUGCACUAGUUGGGACAGUACUGGCUUACAACCGCAAAGACCUGGAUCGCCUCAUUGAGGCCAUCAGAGCAAAAGACCAGGCAGCGCUGCAGUCUCUGUCUGAUGAGGAUGUUGUCCGCCGCUACAUCUCCAGGCAGCAGCUUAAACACCACAUCAGGAGGGUCACACUUGGGGCGCAGGAAACAUUCCGUCUCAUCCACCUGGCCAUUGAGGAGCUGAAAGGUCCUGCAGGACUGGAUGAGAAUGGAGUGAGCCUCUUCAAAACAUCCAAGGCCAUUGAUGAGAUGUGGGCAGUACAGCAGCGGCACCUGGAGUGCAUCCAGGAUCCACCAGACAUGAACAUGUAUUGGGUGGCACAUACCACGACCAUCAACAAUGUGGACGUGCCCUACUACAAAUGUCUGCAUGGAAGUAAUAGCCUGGAAGGAUUCCACAAAGUGCUACCGCAUGUGAUUCCAGGACUGCAGUCCAGGGUCUACUCAGCGCCACUGAUCGACCGCCUCAACAGCAGCUGCAAAGAGCUCUUUGGAGAAACUGUGGAGGAGACCUUCCAUCUGAUGCCUGGCUGA